AAUGAGCCUGUGUGGAGCAAUAAGAGGGUGUGGCUUUUUUACUCAGGGUGAACAGAUAAGCUGAGUUUGCCAAGCAAAGAGGGGCAGGAGUCACAAUCCUGAACAGACAGCCAUCUACUUUCACUCUGCUGGGCUCUCUAACAAUCCAGCUGCACAUUUCCACUCACUCUGUCCCUCUCCUGUGCGUUCCUCUAGCAGUCUGAAACAAGACUACGAGGGGGGAGGCAGCUUCCAGCAUAAAGAAGUAACAACACAAGAGGACAGCUCAAGAAAAACUUCCAACACGCAGCUAUGAAGGACAAAGUUAGGAGAGGAGGAGGAAGAAAUCAGGCCAAGAAUGAUGCUAUCAGCAUGACUGGUGGAAAAGAUGCAGUUGGUAUUAAGCAAGAUGAGGACACAUCAUUCUCCGUGAAGAUCCAGGGAGCAGGAGUAGAGUCAUUUGAGCUGCAGGUCCAUGGAUUUUGGCUUGUUCAAGACGCUCUAAUGACUCUGCUUUCGAAGAAUGAGGUGUGUCCACGCUCCAACCUGUCACUGGCACUCGCUGGUACAACUCUGGACCCCCUCGCAGAACUGCAAAGCCUCAAGGGGCUUAAACCAGGAGCCAUUCUCCGCCUAGUUGAAGAGCCCUACACCGCCCGCUCAGCCAGGCUCCAUCUGGCACGUGUCCUGGAGCUGCUGAGAGCAUUUGGACCUCAGGAUGCACUGAGAGAAGGACGCUCACCAAGCAUACUGGAGACACUCACCCAAACACAAAAACCAGACUCAAGCUUACUGAAUGGAAAGAACCUGAAACGCUCUUUAAGCAACACAAAAACAGAAUCAGCCAACCAGGACGGAGCUCCUCCUGAGUACCUCCUCCCUGGUUCAUCAGAGAGACCGCUCAUGGCCCUGCUACCACAAAGCUCCCAGCCAGAGGUCCCCAGCUACCUGAGGGACUUGUCUCUCAGCUGUUGGAGCCCACCUCCAGGACACAGGAAGCUGCAGGGAGACUUCCUGUACAUCACCGUGGUGACAAUGGAGGGGCGACGAUGUGACAUCACAUCUUGUCCAAAAGGAUUCUUUCUCAAUAGAUCUACAGAGGAAGUGUUUGAUCCUCGUCCUGCACAGUCUUCCCCAGUUUGCCACUGUUUCACUGACCUGCUCUGUCACAUUAGUCCUUCUUUCAAACAGACCUUUACUACUCUCAAAAACAGGCAUCAGUUACCUCCUGUUGAGGUCAUGCCCACUCCUUACCACACCCUGAGCUGGCUGGGGCCUCCGUGUGCCUCCCGUAUUCACAAAAACACCUUCAGCAGGCUGGGAGUAGAUGAGCAGCCAGCAACACAGGCUCCAGACUGGAAUGAGGAGUUGCAAGCAACCAGAGAUCUUCCACAAAGAAGUCUGGAGGAGAGGCUGCAGAGAGACAGAGCUCUGCUCCAGGUAAACAGUGCAUUUGUUAGGGCUGUGACGCAGGGGGCAGAGACUGUGAUAGAUGGCUUUGUGGAGCCAGUCAAUGGAAACCCUGAUGACCCAGCUUUCCUGUGGGGGGGCCUGUUCAUGAGCCAGUGUGCAGCAAGUGCAGUGUUUGGUGGGGAAAGGGGCCGCAGGGCGGUUCAGAGGCUGGAGCUUAAAGGAGUACAGGCCUACAGUGACCUAGAGGGGCUACAGGGCCUACACACUCUUCCUACAGCCAUUGUAGACUACAAAGGAGUGCGCCUAUCAGCGCAGGGACUGGCUCCUGGUUUGGAAGGCUCAGAGCAGGACCAGGAAACUCCCUCUGCCCCAAGAGGCUUGCUCUAUGGGGUGAAUGCCGGACCCCAAGAAUCCCCCCAUCGCAGAAAGCUACUGGAACUCUUGGCUCACGCUGCCAAAGCUCUUUCUCUCCAGAGACAUGUCGUUGUGGGAUCCAACAGUCACCGGACACCACUGUUCACAUCAGUGGACGCUAAGGGACUGUUGGGGGCUGAUGGGAGGUUCUACAUACUGGAUGUGUUCAGGAGCUUCCCAGCUGAUGCCAACUUCUGUCCCGAGCUAGAGACAGAAAGAGAGACAGUCACUGGAGAAGAGGAGAAGAAAGAAAGCUGUAAAGAAGAAGAGGGAAAGAAGGGUUGUGUAAAAGAAGGUUGGCCAGAGAAUUAUCACUCAGACUCUGGGCUUCCACAGAGUUUUCCUCACAGCCUCUGUAGACUGAGGCCAGAGCUGAUGCAGGACUUCAUCCAGCACAAACAUACCCAGUUCACACAGCAUGUCAGGGAGACACUGGACGAGAACGGAGGCUUUGAAGAAUGUGCAACAGCUUGUGAUUCUCGAGCCACUAGUGCAGUACGAGCUGCUUGUAAAGAAGUGGGCUCUAUUAGUGACAUCAUCUUUGAGAUGCGAUUCAACCCAAGUGUCCUCUCUUCAGGAGUGUCAUUCCCUGAAAGUGAAAGUGCAUCAAUAAGGCUGCAGGAGAGGUUACUGAAGGAAGCUGCAGCUUUCAUCAUCACACACCAGAUUCCAGCCUUUGUGGAGUAUUGCUUGCAAAACAACGAGGCACCAAUGGAUGGAGCUUCUCUAAAACAGGUGCUACACCAGAGAGGCAUCAACGUCCGGUAUCUGGGCCAUGUGAUGAAGGCCAUCAGCCAAUCAGAGCACAAGGAGCGCCUGAGGCAUAUAAUGAGAUCGGUCAUAGGUGAAAUUUUCAUCCGCUCAACAAGGAGAGUGUUCAACAGUUUCCUCCAGGGUGUGGACGUGCCCAGUCUCUCUGCAGCUGUCAGUCACUUCCUCUGCUGCCUAUUGGCUCCCCACUUCACACCCACUCCAGCGGGAGAGGAGAGUAAAAAGAAGUCAAGGCGGCGUGGUCGUGGGGCUGGGACUUCUGAAGGCACACCCUGGAGCAUGCUCACAGGGCCUGAGCUGUGGAACCUGGUCUGCCAGGAUGCUGUUGAAACAUAUAACAUCUCUGACAGCCUGGGCUCUGGCCCGAACCACCUGGUUGAGCAAUAUGGUCUCCAAAAGCUCUCCUUGCUCAGAGAGUUCUGUUUAAAGACUGGAGUACAGUUGAGGCUGAGAGACUACCUCCUCGACAACCAAAGUAAAGCUCCCAUCGGUCCUGAUGACGUCCUCAACAUCUUCCCUGUUGUCAAGCAUGUUCACAUGCCAACUGUGGAUGCUUCAAAAACAUAUCGUGCUGCGUGGAGCUCCAUUGAGAAAGGUCUGUUGGAUCAGGCUCAUGAGCGCCUGAAAGAAGCAGCCUACCUGUUUGGUAGGGUGUGUGAUGACCUACACCCUGAGGCCAGUUACUGUCACAGCCUGUUGGCCAAGGUGGCCUUCCUGCAGGGGAAGGCAGCCGAGGCUCGCAGUACCCAACUGAAAGCAGUGGUCAUCAGUGAGAGGGUGCUUGGCUUUGACCAUCCCAACACAAUCCAGCAAUAUGCCCUCUUGGCUGUCUAUAUGUAUGCUGGAGGGGAGACCGCCCUGGCCCAGAAGUGUCUCCUCAGAGCUCGCCUGCUAAUGCUAACUAUCCAUGGAGAGGACCACCCCUACACCGCAACAUUGGAUAGCUGUCUUGGGUUGGUGUUGACAGGAGACCAUGCAGGGCAGUUCCUUAAGAACGCUCUCAGACUCAACACUUCCUUCUUUGGCCCCACAGAUCUGCACACUGCUCUCAACCAGCAUCUGUUAGCCCAGUGGAUGUGCAGUCAGGGGGAUUACCGAAGUGCUAUGAGCCAUGAGAAAGAGGCCCUCACUGCUUUUACCUCCCUGUUUGGUGAGGAUCACACUCAGACGCGCUGCAGCAAAGAGUUUCUGUGCACAAUCACCAAACAGGCAGUGAAGGUUGAACGCUCUCUCAGACAGGCAGGAGCCGAAAGUACGGAGCAAACAGUGGAGUGUCUAACUCCAACAGCUGAAACCAUUCUGGAGCAGAUGGUUCUGGUCACAGGGAUCAGGAAGAUUGCACACAGUGACAGGCUCCAGGAGUAUAGGCAGAAACACCUGGAACUAAAGGCAGCAGUGAGAAAAGAACUUUUGAACCAAAUGAACGGAGGAGAGAAAAGCACAGAUCAAGAUCCAGGAUGUGGGAAGGAAGUCAAGGACGGAGGAAGCCCAGCGGUGGAGAGUAACACUGAGAGCCAACAGGAGCAGCCAGUGGAAGAGACCUCGGUGGAGAGUGCUACUGUAGUUUCAGCUAACGGUCAUGUGGUGGAGCCCGCUGAGCAUGAGGAGAAAACAGAAGUAGAUGCAGGUGAUAGAGCAGCUGAGGUCAAGAUAGUGAAUGGUGAGACAGAGAACAGGGCUGAAGCAGAGGAAAGUGAGGCCAGUGCACCAAAAGAAAAUGGGGAGAUGAAAUCUGACGCAAUGGUUGAUGAGAUGAAGUCAGGGUCAGAUGAGGUUAACGGUGUACUAAACGGAGCCGUGGAUAUCCCUGCUAGCCCAUCAGUUCUUAAGAGUAAAGUGACCUGGGCAGAUGUUGUUGUGUCAAAAGCUGUCAUAGCCAAUGGAACAGGACACAAAGUCACAGCUGUAAACGGAGAAGCAGAUGUCACUGCCAACGGAUCAGCUGAAAAGUGAAAACAUGUCAAAAAGGAAAACAGUGUUGUAGUAACAUUUUCUUAAAUCACUGCUGUAAGAAAAAAAACAACUCUCCCAGGAUCCUAGAUGUUAUUUGAUCCAAUGAACAUGAAGCAGAAUACGAGAAAAGAUAGAGUGAGAUGAUGAGUGUUACUUUGUGUUGAUGCUGGGAGAGGGCUGUACUGAGUUUUUCAACAAUAAACUUUUUACUCUUGUGUAUC